AUGUUGCAAUCAUCCAUAGCUCAAAACGAAAAUGAUUUGGUACCUGGAACAGUCCAUCUUGUUGACAUUCGGGGAAAUUUAAAAGUUAAGAAGGAUGCUGAAGGAAAAAAUAUCAUCCUUCAACCUCAACCAUCUUCAAACGUUAAUGACCCUUUGAGAUGGCCCCAGUCCAAGAAAAUAAAACAGUUUUCCUUGUUAUGGAUCUGGGCGUUUCUAUUAGCUGUUUCUGUAAAUUUUUCAGGGCCACUAUGGGUACCUUGGUCUGAGAGUUUUAAUUGCUCUUUUUUUCAACUAAAUGUGUCAUCAGCGCUAUGCUUUUUGUUCCUUGGUAUUGGCUGCUUAUUUUUGCAACCUACUGCACUCAAGUUAGGUAGGCGUUUCGUUUACUUAGUAUGUACAGUGAUAAUCUUAAUUUCUAACAUAAUUGGCUCACAAGCAACAAAUGUGAAAUAUUUAUAUGUGGUCAAUAUCUUGGGAGGAUUUGCUGCUGCACCGGUUGAUUCUUUGGUAGAAAUUUCCUCGACAGAUGUGUUUUUCCAACACGAGAGAUCAACAGUAUUCAGUUUGUUAAUAUUAGCUUUAUAUGCCGGAAGUGAUUUGGGCCCUGUUGCUUGUGGUUAUAUUGUGGAGAAGCUAAGUUGGAGAUGGUGCUAUUACAUUCAAAUUAUAAUUUACGGUGUCUUACUAAUUAUUCAGAUAUUCUAUAUGGAAGACACCACAUUUAGACGCGAAUACAAUGCCGAGAGUCUUGAAGCUGAGAUCUUAGCUCAAAUCAAAUCGAAUAAGACUCCAGAAGAAAAAGUGAGCUCAAUAGAAGCCAUUGAUGAUAUUUCUUCGAACGACACAUCUUCCAUUAAUUCCUCCAUUCCUAAAAGAACUUAUUGGCAAAGAAUUAAAUUCAUCGAGUUGGAAUACAAUGAUACCAGAUCUUGGUUAACUAUAUUCUAUAGGCCAUUCUUGUUAAUUUCAUUUCCUGCAAUCAUAUGGGGAGGAGUACUUUACGGAGCUCAGAUGAUGUGGUUGUCUCUAUUAGCAACAACUCAAUCUGAGAUAUAUUCUGCAAGUCCAUACUUCUUUUCGGUUCCUCAAGUAGGAUUAACUAACUUGGGGGCUUGUGUUGGUAGUUUACUUGGAAUGGUAUAUGGUGGCACCUUCGUUGAUUACCUUGCUCUAAGGCUAGCAAAGAGGAAUAAUGGAAUUUUAGAGCCUGAAUUCAGAUUGUGGGCAAUGUUUGUUCCCACAUUUUUCAAUGCAGGUGGCUUAUUAGCAUAUGGAUUAGGCUCUUACUUGGAAGCGCAUUGGGCUGUAUCUGUCGUAGUAGGUCAGGGGUUGUUAGGAUUCGCAAUGAGUUCAUCAGGUGCCAUUUGUUUAACUUAUGCAGUGGAUUCUUACCCCAAAGUUGCUAGUGAGGGACUUGUUCUCAUGUUAUUUUGUCGUAAUUGUAUUGGAAUGGCGUUCACAUUUGCUAUUCAACCUUGGUUAGACAGAAACGGUUUGAGUAUCACCACUUGGCUAAUGUUCAUGCUUUCCCUUAUUAUUAAUGGCAGCUUUCUUUUAAUGAUAAAAUGGGGUAAAGAAUUCAGAAGGUGGACUGCUGCAAGAUACGACAAGUACUCUGAUCCCAGGUAUGGUCAAAUAUUCUAA